AGCAACAGGAAACAGAGGACUGGAUGAUUUCUAAUAUUGUGAGCACUGGUUAGGGAACCUCAGCUCCAAAUAUUGUGUCUUUCAUCUAUUUUGUUAAGAAUAGGAAAAAGCUUUGUUUUUUGUUUUUAAAUAUAUUUGCAGACAGCUUUCUAAACAGCUGAAAAACAAGAAAGUACCAAAAAAAGAAAUGGAGUCUGACAAUGCAACAGAAUAUUAUGAUGACUAUGAAGAGGAGAUUGAUCUGGAAUCGCUACACAUCCUCUCCAUUGUGCUUUACUCAAUUGCCUUCAUUCUGGGCACGUCAGGAAAUGGCCUGGUCAUCUGGAUUACCGGUUUCAAAAUGAAGACGUCUGUCAACACCAUUUGGUUUCUAAACCUGGCCAUGGCUGAUUUCAUCUUCACCUUAUUCCUGCCUCUCAGCAUUGCCUACACCGCCAUGGGCUUUGUCUGGCCCUUUGGCUGGUUUCUGUGCAAACUCAACUCCUUCAUAAUGGUCCUGACGAUGUACAGUAGUGUCCUCAUCCUGACGGCCAUCAGCAUUGACCGCUGCCUCUCAGUAGUGGCUGCUGUUUGGGCACACAACCAACGCUCUCCCAAGAAGGCUUGGUUCACUUGUCUGAUACUAUGGGCAUUGGCUGGGAUAUUCAGCUCUCCAUAUUUGAAGUACCGGGAUGUGAUAAAAGUCAAUGAAACAAUACAAAGGUGUCACUACAACUUUGGUAAUGGUAACACAGACAUGAACACAAACAUGUAUAAGGCUCUGACCAUUACACGUUUUCUGUUUGGUUUCCUGCUUCCCAUAAUCGUCAUCAUCUCUUGCUACACUGCCAUUGGUUACAAAUACAGCACCAUGCAUCACAAGAGAUCCUUCAAACCCUUCAGGGUGAUUGUUGCAGUCAUUGUGACUUUUUUCAUCUGUUGGAUUCCCUUCCACAUCUUCCAGAUACUGGAGUUAAAAGCACUGGAUGAUAAUUCUUCCUUUCCUAAGGUGAUACGCAUUGGGGUCCCAGUUGCCACCAGCAUUGCUUUCUUCAACAGCUGUCUCAACCCCGUCCUUUAUGUCUGCAUGUGCCAGGACUUUAAAGAGAAGCUGAAGAAGUCCUUCCUUAAGGUGUUUGAGAGCGCCUUUGAUGAUGAGACAACACUCUACCACUUGAGCAGCCGUAGGUCCACUGUCCAAAUGGAGUCUUUAGUUGGAGGGAAGAAGAUUGAGGGGACCAACACUGAACCAAAGUGAAUCCGUUGUGUGUGUGUGUAUAUAUAUAUAUAUAUAUGUUUUGAUUCUUAUAAGCGGAUGAUUCUUCAAAGCAGACCGAUAUGAUUAGUGUGGUGCAGAAUCAAACUUAGUAUGAGAAUGAUAAGAACUUGUUCCCUGGCUGCAGUGUAAUGGGUUGACUACUAGAUGUCACGAGUUUCCGCAUGUGUGCACGCCCACGAAAAAUCCACAGCUGCUUUCCUUAACGAAUUAUGGGUAACAGUCAAUUGGUUAACUACAUGUUAAAGUUAAUGACACCUCGAUCGAAAUGGCUUAGCCGAUAGCUUUGUGAUGGAGGUAUAGAUGCGUAAGGAAGAAGAAGUAACAAAAAGAAACCAAAACUCGAUCUAGUGUUUGUUCCACACAAAGUACUGUUAGCUAGUGCUCCAGCUGA